AUGCCACAACGUUGGCCUCCAGAGUUUUCUUUGAACUCCUGCCAUUCACCUUCUCUCUCAGGGCACUGUACUACCAAACCUGACUUGAUCUUCAAGUUGGAGCGAGGAGCAGAGCCAUGGAUGGUGGAAGAAUGCCUGAAUCAGAGCCUUUCAGCGGGCCUGAUCAACUACAGGCUGGAGAGAAAUUUGAUAACACUAAGAUACCUGGAAAUUCUCUCCAGUUCUUCACACCUCAUAAACUAUCAGCGAAGUCACACAGAAGAGAAACUUUAUAAAUGCCUUCAUUGUGGAAAAGGCUUUCUGUGGAAGUCAGUCCUCAUAGUACACCAGAGAAUUCACACAGGGAAGAAACCUCAUAAAUGUAAUGACUGUGGAAAAGCCUUUGGAAGAAAGUCAGACCUCCUCAUACACCAGAGAAUUCACACAGGAGAGAAACCCCAUAAAUGUAAUGACUGUGGAAAAGCCUUUGGACGAAAGUCGAACCUUGUAAUGCACCAGAGAAUUCACACAGGGGAGAGACCCUUUGAAUGUAAUGACUGUGGAAAAGCCUUUGGACGAAAGUCACACCUCCUCAUACACCAGAGAAUUCACAUAGGAGAGAAACCUCAUAAAUGUAAUGACUGUGGAAAAGCCUUUGGACGAAAGUCGAACCUUGUAAUGCACCAGAGAAUUCACACAGGGGAGAGACCCUUUGAAUGUAAUGACUGUGGAAAAGCCUUUGGAAGAAAAUCAGACCUCCUCAUACACCAGAAAAUUCACACAGGGGAGAAACUUCAUAAAUGCAAUGACUGUGGAAAAGCCUUUGGAAGAAAGUCAUGCCUCAUAGCACACCAGAGAAUUCACACAGGGGCGAGACCAUUUGAAUGUAAUGACUGUGGAAAAGCCUUUGGACAAAAGUCAAACCUUGUAAUGCACCAGAGAAUUCACACAGGAGAGAAACCUCAUAAAUGUAAUGACUGUGGAAAAGCCUUUGAACAAAAGCCAGACCUCAUGAAACAUCAGCAAAUUCACACAGGGCAGAAACCUCAUAAAUGUAAUGACUGUGGAAAAGCCUUUGGACAAAAGUCAUGCCUCAUAGUACACCAGAGAAGUCACACAGGGGAGAGACCCUUUGAAUGUAAUGACUGUGGAAAAGCCUUUGGACGAAAGUCAAACCUUGUAAUGCACCAGAGAAUUCACACAGGAGAGAAACCUCAUAAAUGUAAUGACUGUGGAAAAGCCUUUGGACAAAAGUCAUGCCUCAUAGUACACCAGAGAAGUCACACAGGGGAGAGACCCUUUGAAUGUAAUGACUGUGGAAAAGCCUUUGGACGAAAGUCAAACCUUGUAAUGCACCAGAGAAUUCACACAGGAGAGAAACCUCAUAAAUGUAAUGACUGUGGAAAAGCCUUUGGAAGAAAGUCAGACCUCAUGAAACAUCAGCAAAUUCACACAGGGGAGAAACCUCAUAAAUGUAAUGACUGUGGAAAAGCCUUUACACAAAAGUCACAUCUCAUCAUACACCAGAUAAUUCACACGGGGCAGAAACCUCAUAAAUGUGAUGACUGUGGAAAAGCCUUUGGACGAAAGUCAGAUCUCAUAAUGCACCAGAGAAUUCACACAGGGGAGAGACCCUUUGAAUGUAAUGACUGUGGAAAAGCCUUUGGACGAAAGUCAGAUCUCAUAAUGCACCAGAGAAUUCACACAGGGGAGAGACCCUUUGAAUGUAAUGACUGUGGAAAAGCCUUUGGACGAAAGUCAAACCUCCUCAUACAUCAGCGAAUUCACACAGGGGACAAACCUCAUAAAUGUAAUGACUGUGGAAAAGCCUUUGGAAGAAAGUCACACCUCCUCAUACAUCAGGGAAUUCACACAGGGGAGAAACCCUUUGGACAAAAGCCAGACCUCAUCAUACAUCAGCGAAUUCACACGGGGGAGAAACCACAUAAAUGUAAUGACUGUGGAAAAGCCUUUGGCUAUAAAGAAUUCACACAGGGCAGAAACCUCAUGAAUAUAAUGAUUGGAAAAUCCUUUGGACAUAAGUCAAACCUCAUAAUGCCCCAGAGCAUGCACACAGUGUUGAAACUUCAUGAGUGUAAUGACUGUGGAAAAACUUUUGAUUUUAAGUUCCAACUCGAAUUGCAUCAGAGGAUUCACACAGCGAAAUAA